GGACUUCUGUUUGAUUGAAAGGUAUUACAAACUGAAGUAAAUAGCUCAGUGUGCAUUGCAUCAGACUGUAGAAACAGUACUUGAAGGCAUAAAUAGGUAUGUGACUUCUGAUGGAGGAUGAAUAUUUGUCCUUUUCUGUUCAUUCUUUUGGUCCCUCUAUUCCUGUGCUGAAGAAAUUGGAAAUAAAAGAAAUGCUUACAUGGAUAAUAAUCAUGUUACGUUAAGGCAAACAUCCUGCAGCAGUAGUCAGUGUCACUGAAAAAAAGAACAGUCAAAUGAACGACAGUCUUGUUAGUGCUUGGCUGAAGCAAACGUGCUGUCCUUAAGUUACAGCUGAAGCAAACUUAAACUGAGCAAAAAUAAGCAAAGGAACAAAGAAAUGCAAAGAAGGGACUCUUAGUGACUCAAGAGGCUUGGCUGUUGUCUCCCAUUAUUUCCGUGCCUUACAGUAGCUGUUAUCACUAAUUCAGGAAGUGAGCUGCUGGGAUAAAGAUAGAGCUUAGUACUGCUGAUAAGGAAGUGAAAUUAUUGAAAUUCCUGGUGCAGUGUUAGAUAAGAUGAAACGCCUGGUUUAUCACACAAGCAGAAUUCUAGCAAGAUCCAGGGAGGCUGUGCAGUUUUCCUCAGUAAAAGGCUGCAGGGUACCUGGGUGACCACCGUACAAGCCAAACAGGAUGGGAACUUUAUAUCAAGAAUCUUCCCUGCACAGAUCCCUUCGUUUGAGCAUGGGAAGAUUUUGUGUUUCUGAUUACAUAAAGAGAUUUACGGCCAAAGAUAAGCCCGAGGAGAGUGGUGCAAAACCUAAGCAUGUGCUUAGUAACAGAGGAACCCAAACUGAAAGGCAGAAGCCUCUGGAAGAGACGAAAAGUAGGAAAAAACUGGAUGAAAACAAUGGAGCACAUGAGAAGGUGAACAUUUCUAGUGCUGUAACCCACAAAACUGACUCCAAACUCCAAGUUAAGGAGAGAACAGCACAGCAGCAAGUAGUAGAAGGUGCUGGCAAAACACACAGCUCUAAGAGCUGUCAACAGCAAAAGGACCUUGGUGUCAAAGAUUCGAAUCAACACAACGGUCUUCCCUUCGUAAAUCAAGAUCAUGUGGGCAACCAAAAUGUUCCUGCUAAAGCACACGAUAUGGACCUAGAUGAGUGCCACAGGCAGCUUGUUCAUCAGAAACUCGGAGAGGAUGAAAACAAACCUUCAUUGUCGAGUGUGGCAUCCUGGGAAGCUGUGCCCUCCACAUCCCGGGCUGUAUCUGACACAGGGUGUGAAGUGACACAUACCAGGAUAUCCAUCAAUGUACAUAUGACUGAAAUGAAAGAAAAGAUUGAGAAUAUCAAGGAAGGAAACUUAAAUGAUCCCAAAGUAAAAUACCCACCUUCCACACCAGCAGAAAUGGAAGGAGUCAAAGAGCUGCCUGACAAAUUAAAAUUUCAACAGAGUCCUAAAAACGUUAGCACUGAUCCAGAUCAAGAAAUGGCAGUGGUCAAUAAGCAAAAUGAACCUGCACCUCAAAGUGGGAAGCAACAGCCAUUGCUGAGCAAGCCCAAAUCAGGUAAAAAGGCUGAAGAGAAAUCAGAAUUAAAAUGCAAGCCCAUUACCUCACAGAAUACCUCUGCAAAGGAGCCUAUGAAGGAUCUGGGGGUAGGAGCGAAAAUCCGUCAAGAAACAGCAAAAGCAGAAGAAUCCCAAACAGGUGCGAAUGUUGAGAAGAGAGAAUCCGAAUGUGCAGGAAUGACACUAGAGAAGACUGAGACACUGGAAGCCAUCAAAGAGCUGCCCACUCAGGAUGAAACAACCAUCGAUGACAGUCCUUCUCCUCCGGCUCCUUUUGACCAUCGCAUGGUGAGUGUCAAGCAAACAGAGGUGACAACAUGCUACUCGGUGUGUCGGCACGAAGUACUGGGGGGUGGGCGGUUUGGGCAAGUUCACAAGUGCACAGAGAUAUCAACUGGGCUGAACCUGGCAGCCAAAAUCAUAAAAGUGAAAGGAGCAAGAGAGAAGGAGGAAGUGAAAAAUGAAAUUAACAUCAUGAACCAAAUAAAUCAUGUGAAUCUGAUCCAGCUUUAUGAUGCUUUUGAAGCCAAAAAUAGUAUCACCUUGAUCAUGGAAUAUCUUGAUGGUGGUGAAUUAUUUGACCGGAUCACAGAUGAAAACUACAAUCUGACUGAGUUGGAUGCAAUCCUAUUUACCAAGCAGAUUUGUGAAGGAGUCCAUUACCUGCACCAGCAUUAUAUUCUCCAUUUGGAUCUGAAGCCUGAAAAUAUAUUAUGCGUAAAUCACACAGGAAACCAGAUUAAAAUUAUUGACUUUGGAUUAGCAAGGAGGUACAAACCUCGUGAGAAACUGAAGGUUAAUUUUGGAACUCCAGAGUUCUUGGCUCCUGAAGUGGUGAACUAUGACUUUGUUUCUUUCCCAACAGACAUGUGGAGUGUCGGUGUCAUCACGUACAUGUUGCUUAGUGGCCUGUCCCCAUUCCUGGGAGAAACUGAUGCAGAGACAAUGAAUUAUGUACUCAAUUGCACCUGGGAUUUUGAUGCAGAAGCAUUUGAACAGCUGUCGGAGGAAGCUAAAGACUUUAUUUCCAGACUACUCGUGAAGGAGAAAAGCUGCCGAAUGAGUGCAACGCAAUGUCUGAGACACGAGUGGUUAAACAACUUACCUGCCAAAGCCAAGAAGUUCAAGCUUCGCCUUAAGUCCCAGUUGUUGCUGCAGAGUUAUAUGGCUCACAGAAAAUGGAAGAAACAUUUUUAUGUAGUGGCUGCUGCUAACAGGCUGAAGAGAUUUCAAACUAUGUCUGUCAAGCUUGCAUAAGCUUGUGUGAAGCAUCUACUACUCUCAGAGCCAUGGAAGACAUGACAUGAAAUCAUGGAAGAAGAACUCAGUAUCUUCAGUAAUUUCUACCCCUUUGUUUUCUAAAAUAAGGUUUUGGGUCUGUCCUCCAAUAUUGUGUGCGUACUGCAGAGCUUCCAGAAGUGCCUCGAGGAAGAAGUACUGAAAUUACUUCUAAAAGCAGAAGUUAUCUUGUUUUGUUUUUACAAGUUUUUAGUUGUUGUACGUAGUGAUGGAAAAAUGUGGCUGUUACUGGGGCUGACUUCAUGCUCAAGGGUUUGAUUCUGCAGUGUUAUUGGGCUGUUCAUACCAUAAAACACCUUGUCAGGCUUCUAGUUUCUCACAGUAAACACAGGAUCUCUGAAGACUUUCUUCAUGACUGAAGAGCACUGCCACAACAGUGGCACAAUUUUUCGCCUGGUCUUUGUUACUUAGAACAAAAGAUACCAGGUAUCCUUUUCUUCCGUAAUUUUUUCAAAAAAAUUAUUUUUUUUCCCCAAACAUGAUGAUGAUUCAGUGCAACUACACAGAGUUGAAUGGUUUGGGUUUGUUGGCUUUUUUUAUUCAGCUCUUUUUAAAAAAAUAUUCAUAUCCUGUAACUCCAUAGUUAGGAAAUAGGAGGAAUCCUGGUUUGAAGCAACUUAAGUCAGUUGGCCAUCGCUGCUGUUCUUUAUGGUGAGUUGAGUUGAGCUGGAUGGAUUGAACUUUUGGAAGGAGAUGGGUGAAACGGCCACAAAUCAAAAUCAUCUAAUGACCGCUGCGUCUAUGCAAGAAGAUCUCAUGUCCAGAAAAGAACAGACUCCAGACAUCCUUUAUAUGUAUUUAAAACUUGUAAGUGGCUUCAACUGCAGCCAUUAGUUCUGGAAUUUUUAGUUUGAGGAUUAUUUUUUUUUCCUGACAAUUUUAAUGAAGUCUGAGAAGUUGAUACAGUGUGAUGUGCAAAACAGGUUUUAUUGCUAUUCAAUGCCAGGGACAUGGUGUGUUGCUGGACUCUGCCUUCAGCCCAGUUAGAAGGUUGAAGCCCUUUCUCCCUGCACUUUGCUCCUGAACAUUAAAUGUUUUCUUCAUGAUACUAACUUCUUUUGUAUUUUAAACCUUUUCCUAAUGUAUAAAGAGCUGGAGCUACUUGCAAUCCCUCAGCUAAAAGUAUAACAUUAUUUAUUAAGCCUCUGGUUUCUUUUAUUCCUGUUCUAGAUUCUGCAAAACACUGUGUGAGCUGGAUGGACUCCCUACCAAACCCAGAAACUAUAGUACUAAAACUGGUUUUCCUGCAAAGGCAGCAAACCACUGUAAAGUUCCCUUUAACUUUAUGGACUUGCAUGUUCCUUGAAUUAGCAAAAGUAUUGGUUGCUAAUGAAGAGGUUUUAAGACUGGCUUACCCUAUGUAGUUAUCUUUUCCACUCUAGUGCUUCUAACUUUGCAAAGUCCUGAAUUCUGGACUUCAGCAUUUCCAGAAUUGAGAGAGAGAAUUAUUCAAUCAACUGAAAUAAUCUUGACAGUGUAUCACCUUCUGUGAAGGCCCACUUUUGUUCAUGUUUUCCUCCCACAGUGGUUCUGCAUGCUAAAUGUGAUUAUAUUAAUUAGUUUGUAUAUUUCUGAAUUAGUACAAAUAAAUGCCAUUAAGGUGGAA